AUGCAAGACGCCCUCCGCCCCAGCAAAGCAGACUUUGAAACUACCCUCCACGCAAGCUAUCGGCAAUGGCUUACUUACUUCAACACCACCGACACCCGUCUUCCCUUGGAAUCUAUUGACCUCACGUCCCUCCUCAAAGAUACGCCCGCAUACCUUGCCGCCGGAUUGAACCCACGCGAUAAAGAUUUCUCCUUUGCUUGCGUGAAGAAACACGAUGAUCUUGAAGUAAAAGGACAUUCAAAAUGGCGGACCUCCAGACCUGGUGCCAAGUGCAUUACCCCACCAAAGGUCAUGCCGUUGGAUCUUCAACUUGGAGUUCCAAAGGCUCGCGAAGUAGAGUUAUCCAGCGAAGCCCCGCUAUCAGAAUGGCCUGGUGUGCGUGGCAUCUCUGGUCUUGAUGAGGGAAAUCACAUCUCGGUACUAUUUCUAGCCUGGGCGUACAUUUUCUCUGCUAAAUGGGCCGAACUACUUGAUAUUUCGGAGAUGCAUCGGUGCACAACAAAAUAUUCAUCGAGGUUCUGUCAACACCGUGAAGAUUCAGUAGCACAGAAAGUCGUUGAGAUCGACCUGCCACCAGAUACGAGCGAGGCCGAGCUUGUCUGGUGGAAUGCCGUACUCUCCGGAACACCCGCAUGGGAGAUAUCCGUGGCAUACAAAUCAGAGAAGUUCCUCUCUCCAUGGUCUAUCUCUGUAGGUGGCGAGAUAUCAAUGCGAGCAAAAUAUCAAAUCCAGUCUACAGCACACGAACCCCCACCAUCAACCACAGCCUUCCAAUACCUCACCCACUACUGCACGCAUCACCACAUCUACGCGCAAUGCUCCGCAUCUCUCUCCGCAGCACUCCUCAUACAAGACCCAUUCUUCCGCACUCCAAAGCUACCGAUCCCCAAACCCGCCAACACGAACCAAACCAACACCCAAAGCCCGCAAUCAAUCCCCGCCCUAAUAUCCAAACACAAAUCCCUCCUCCCAUACUAUAUGACUCUAAGCAGCAGUCCAUGGACAACAAUGCAAUCAAUGUGCAGCGUAUUCUUCAACCCCGAUAUCCCCUGCAAUCUCGUCGCCGCAUGGAUAAACCCCGCAUUCGCAAUCAUAAACCCCCUCGUCAAACAAGGCAACCUUGUACAUCUUCUAAGUAGCCUCUCAGCACGCCAGCCCCGCGUCGCGAGUCUCUGGCUCGGCGCAACAAUUCUGGGUAUAGCCGGCGUACACCUGAACUCCUGCAAGGCGGGGUUAAUGAGCCCGUCACUGGAAGCGGAAGCGUGGAUGGGGAUGCCAACCACGUUUAUAACACAGCCUGUUGGCGUCUACGAUGAGAAUGCCGAUACCGUCCAGCGCGAAGACGAGUGUAAGCUGCUUUUUCUGGCGACAGACAGCGACGGUAGUUACAAUCAUGGGUAUCUGACUUGUUGGUCAUGGAAGCCUUUCGGAAAUACGAGGCUUUGUGAUGUGAAUAUUCUAGUUCGAGAGCAUCUGUGUUGUGGAUGUCAUGAUUUGGGAUAUGAGGGGUGGUCUUGGGAUCUUGAUGGCGGGUUGAAGAUUGAGGAUUCAGGUGUUGAGGCGCGGUUUGCGUCUCUUCUUUCGUCUGUGUCUACACCUGUCUCGGAAGUUGGCCUGGAGUCCGGGCUUGGAGAGGCAGAUAUAUCUCUGCCGAAGAGCUGUGAGGAUGAUCUGUAUUCAGAUGAGAGAUCGAGUAAUCCCACGCGAGGGAUAUUUUCUUGGCUUCGGUUGGAGGGAUAUCCGGCGAAUGAAAAGGGGAUUUAUCAGCAUGAGUGGGUUACCAUUAUGUAUGAUUCGGAGGAGGAGAUCGAUGACAAACAUUCGGAUGAUGAUGCGGCUGGGGCAUGUACUGAAGGAGUGGGUAGUUGGCUCCAGGGUGUUGAAGUCUAG